AUGGUGUACUACUUCACGUCCACGGCAGUCGAUCCACCGGCGUUUAUUUACGUGGGCAAGGACAAGGUCGAGAAUGAGGACUUGAUCAAGUUUGGCUGGGAUGAGGACAUCUGGUCUUUCCAUGUCGACAACUUGUCCAGCGCUCAUGUCUAUCUGAGACUCAAAACUGGAGAUGCGUGGUCGUCGAUACCCCGGGCUUUGCUUGAGGAUUGUGCUCAGCUCACGAAAGCCAAUUCCAUCGAGGGGAACAAAAAGGACAAUGUUACCAUAAUUUACACUCCCUGGUCAAAUCUUCGCAAAGAUGCAUCGAUGGCAACUGGACAAGUAUCCUUUCACGACCAAAAAAAGGUCAAGAAGGUUCAUGUGGCGGCUCGGGAGAAUCCCGUUGUAAACCGGCUUAACAAGACCAAAGUCGAGAAAUUUCCCGACCUGCGCGAGGAGAAGGAAUCCGACCUUCGGGAGAAGCGGAAAAACGAACGCCUCAAGCGGGAGGAGCACAAAGCCAGAGAACGGGAUGAGAAGAAGAGACGCGAGGAACUCAAAUGGCAGAAAGGUAAGCCUCUGAACUACAUGUGUCGCAUCGACUCGGUUUCGGGCUCGAUGGGCGUCAUGCUUCCCAACUUCCACCUUAGCGCUGCCCAUGGGUAA